UACGGAUCCAAUCGAAAUACUCCAUUCUUCUGUUAAUUAAUUCUACGAACAAAAAAAAAACUUUUUUUCCUCUCUCUCAACAUUAGCCAAGGAUUUCGUUUCGGAAUUUAUUCCCGGAAAUCCCGAUUUACUCUUUCCUUCAAACACGAAAGUCCUAUACAAUUUAUAUAUUUUUUUCUCUCUUAUUUCUUUCUUUACAUGUCUACUCAGUUGUGUCGUGUGUAUGUGCGGAAUGCGCGAGGAAAUAAAUAUUUUAUUCGGGCCAAGUUUUCGAAUCAUAAUUUCCCUUUGAGCUCAAAAGCCUCCGCUCGUUCGAGUUACUUUUGCUCUUUCUCGCAAUUCUCUAUACUUUUUCUUCUUUUCCUUCUCUCUCUCUUCCUUCAUCCUGCUUCCUUGCUGUAUGCAAGUUCUUUUGUGUUACAGGAAACUUGCAGGAAAGUCUAGAUGGGAAAGACGAAAUGGAGCAAAAGGAAACCGGAGAAAACACAACGCAUGUGAUGUCAUUUAGCGAGCCGGUGAUUUUGGACCAGGAGAGCGAUCAUUCCACACUGCAUCUGGUGUUUUCUGAGGACAGCGAGGAUGAGUUUAAAAGGAAGAAAGGAAAACGUUCAAAGUCUUGGCACAAUAGUCUUCAGAAACCUGAAGGUUCUAAGUUGAAGGAUGAUGAUGAUGGUAAGGUGUGUCACGAGCUGUGCAGCUGCAGAGCCGAGGAUUUUCAGCAGGUGAUGAGCAGAAGUGCUGCGGUCUGCGCUACAAAAAGCGAGAUCAAUCCGAGGGCGUGCGACAGCUUGAGGAAUCAGCUGGAGAUAAUGGUUUCUAACGCUGUCUCUUCUGAACUGGACCACUCGGACGUGAACAGACCGCUGCACGCGAACUUUGCCAAACUCGAAACUGUCCUGGAAACUUUAGUUCAAUAUUUGGAUUGCCUCGAUCUGGAGAUGAGGGCCUCGUACCGUCUCUGCAACAACAUCGACGACUUCCUCGCGACGAACGCGAAAUCUUCAACUUUCUCAACUCUGUUGAAGAACCUUUCGACGACUCCGCGCAACUCCGGUUACGCCACGACCAGGAAAACAAUAACCAGUUGCCUAUGCGGCGCCAAAAAACUUGACGAUUUAGUUGCAGAUUACAAGGAUAAGAAGGCGGACUUCAACAAGGCGAUUCAUAACUUUCGAAUGAUCCUGGACUCGAACUUCAGCGCCGCGCAGCUGAAGAAGUUGAAGAAACAAUUCGAUCUGAUCCUGGUGAAGUUCCAGCACAGUCGCUACGUCCUGGACAGCGCUCUCCCAGUUGCCAUCAGAGAAAGGACUUCGGUUUUGUUAAACUGUUGUCAAAUCCUCGGAGAAGAGCUUCAGAAAGUUGCAAAUGAUCGCAGCGAUUUGGCGCUUCUCUUCCAGCACCUCGAGACCAUCCUACACCCUCCCAUAAGCCAAAACACCUAACCUAAUUUAC